AUGCUCAAUUUCCGACUUUCUGUGCUCUUGUUCAUCCACGCUAUAUAUGCAUUAACAGCAAAAUUUCUGGCCCUUUGGAGACGCCAGCACCAGAGGGAACCUCUUCCUCUGGAUGCACCUCGGAGCAAGAUCCCCCGGCAUCUUGCCAUCGUCUUUGACCUGGAUUCGACACGACACGACAAAAUCGAGGAGGAGUCUCUGUUUAAAUCAGUUUACAACAGCAUUGCCUGGUGCGAGGCCGCAGGGAUUGAGAAGUUGACAUUGUAUGACAACCAAGGUGUACUAAGGAACGGCUCAGCGCUGGUUCGCGACCACUUAUCCCAUCUACAUCCGGAGAUUGAUUCCAGUGAAUCCGAGCUGGAGUAUCCGCUAACACCACCUCACUCCGACGACUGCGAUUCACGUUCUAUUUCCCCAGACGUCGAUAUCAGGGUAGACCUCCACACGAUUACACUUAAUACGCGUCCACCGGUGCCCAGCAAACGGAGGAGUGUCGCUAGAAAGCGCCGUGGAAAAGACACUCCAAAAGGGCCCCCAUCUCUCCAGAUCAAAAUAAUAUCGCGCCAGUCCUCCAAGGGAACACUGGCUGCCGCUGCUCGCUCCAUGGCCGCGAGGCGUCACAAAUUACAAAGUAUUCUCCGGGACCCCACACCUCAAGACUUUUGCAUCUCCAUAGAAGACUUGAAUCUACUUUUAGAAGGCGAAGAAGGGUUCACAUCACCCGACUUGAUGCUUCUUCACUCAUUGAAACCUCCAAUCGCUCCAGUACCUCCACCGGAACUUCUGGGCUUCCCUCCCUGGCAAAUCAGACUGACAGAGAUCAGUUACUUCCCAACCCCCAUUCUUGGUCUUGGCCCUUGUUCCGGCGGUCCCCAGGCGCUGACGUUAGAUGAACGGACAUUUCGAGCAGCUUUGGACGAGUUCUCUGGAGCACAGAUGCGGCUCGGCAAGUGA